UCUCUUCUUUGAAGAGUUAAUGUUAAUGAGAUUUCUCAGGAGCUUGGGAAAACCAUCCUGCAUGGUAUACACUGAAGCACCGUUUCUACUUCCUAAAGGCAGCAAGAUCUGUCUGAAUCCUCCUAGGUUUACAGUGUUUAGGGAAACAAAAAGUGACAAUCGGGUCAUGAGGCAUGCUCUGUGAUGUGGCGCAGGUCAGACUUGCAUCCCUGGCGUGAGAAGAGGCUGGCCGUCUUCCCACGUGACAUGAGCCAGGCUGACUGUUCCAACAGCACGGCCCGCUUCCACAUCCUGUGACUCGGUCAGCUUUGCUCAGUUCUGCCUCCUGUCUCACAGAAGCAGAGCCAUGCGCCCCACACUCCUCAGCCUCCUGAGUCUCGGAUUCUGUGUGAGUCUGAGGAUCUGGCCAGCUGUGGGUAAAUAUGAGAAGCUGUCUUUGUCCACCUGGCCAAGCCCCGUGGUUCCCUUAGGACAGACUGUAACUCUUUGGUGUCACUCCCGUUCUCCACUUAAGAGAUUCACACUGUUCAAAAGAGAUGGGAACAGGCAUUUGCCUGAGUUUCAGGGACAUUAUUUCAACAACGUCACCCUUGUCCCUGUGACCAGAGAACAUACCGGGUCCAACAUGUGUUCUGGAGCCUAUCAGAUUGCAUCCAGUGACCCCCUGCAGAUUGUGGUCACAGGUGUGUUCACAAAACCCUCCAUCUCAGCCCACCCAGGGCCCCUCAUGCAGCGGGGAGAGAAUGUGACCCUCCGCUGUCACUCACCGGUUGUGUUUGACAAGUUUAUCCUGCAGCAAGAAAGCAGCACAGGGCAUUUCCAGAGACGUGGAGAGAUGCUCACUGGAGGGCAUGCCACAGCUGACUUCGUCAUUGGCCCCAUGACUUUGGCGACUGUGGGCACCUACAGAUGCUACGGCUCUCUCAGCGGCUCCCCCUAUGAGUGGUCAGCCCCCAGUGACCCUGUGGACGUUGUCAUCACAGGUCUGUCCAAGAAACCCUCUCUCUCAGCCCAGGAGGGCCCCGUGGUGAGGUCAGGAGAGAACGUGACCUUGGUCUGCAGCUCCGAGAGCGCCUUUGACCAGUUCCAUCUGCUCAGGGAUGGGGAGAACCUUGGGUGCCCACUUGCUGGAGGGCGGAGCCCCCAUGGAGCACUCCAGGCAGAGUUCCCUCUGGGUCCUGGGACCCCAGCCCACAGUGGGGUCUACAGGUGCUACGGAUCCUUCACUCGCUCUCCCUACUUGUGGUCAGACUCCAGCGACCCACUGUUCCUGUCUGUCACAGGAUCCUCUACAGGUACUUGCCCAUCAACCAUGGAUCCAGACACCACAGAAGAUGUUGCCAUCAUGGAAGGAGAGCCCAAGGAAGACAGAACAGUGAAUGGCGAGGACCCAACAGCAGAGGAUGUGAUAUUCGUCCACUUGAACUACAGGACCCUCUCUGAGAUACUGUUCACUCCCACUCCCCUGAGCCCCAUGCACUUCUUCACCGAGACCAGUAUCUAUGAGGAAUUCGAUGUAAACCAAGACCAUGCUGACCCUGACCUGGCCCCAUUCUUUGAGCACACAGAGUGUUAUAAAUUGAAGAGCUAGAUCUCUUUUUAGAGGGGUUCCUCCGUGGGCACUCCUUCUCCUCCUCCAAAGAGGCCAACAGCUCUGCAGUCAAGAAUGGAUUCCAAGAAUUUUAGGAUCGUCUUCAAAAAUCCCACGAAAUCUUAGUAAUCCCCUGGCUAUUCUAAUACUCUAUUUUAACUAUGUAACCUUUUGGGGGGAAGUUAUUCUUAUCAAUUGUACAUACUGGGUAGGUUACCAUGAUCAUCCUACCUUUUUGAAAAUUCCAGUAAAGCAUAAAAAUUGCAAGUUGAUUCUUCAAAUUAUUCAGUUUAAAAUAAAAGAAAGCCUUUUAAAAAACCUGUUAAAGCCUUUAAAAAAAACAAAUCCUUUUUUACAAGGAUGAACUUGUUUACAAGAAAGAAACAGACUUGUAGACUUGGAGAACGAAGUUAGAGUUACAAAGGGGAAAGAUGAGAGGAGAGAUAGAGUGGAAGUUUAAGAGUGACAUGUGCACACUGCUAUAUUUAAAACAACAUGCUUUCCAUGAAACAACAAUAAAAGCAAUGCAAGAAAAAAAAAGCAAUGCAAGUUGGCCAAAUAAAAAGAUGAAGUAUAUUAUGUUUGAGAUAUCCAGUGUGGUGCCACUUGCCACAUGAGGCUGCAUGUCUG